GUGAGCCUGUACUCAGCACUGUAUAGCAGCCUGGGCAACAGAGCGAGACCCUGUCUCAAAAACAAAACACAAAAAACCAAAAGUGUUCCCUGAAUUAAUUAAGUAAGCUUUGCUAGGCAGGUAGGACCCCCAGCCUACCCAGUAGUGGCCCUGGUAUAAGGCACUCCCUCCCCACUGCAGCCGCCCAGCCCUGGCCCCGAGGCUGUACAGCGGGAUAAAGGUAGUGAGCUCCCCACCACAGGAGGCGUGCAACUGUGGCUGGGGCUUUCCCUCCCAGCCAAUCAAAGGGGCCAACUCUGGGAGGGGUGAGGGGUGAGGGCCUCAGGCUGCCAGCCAAUCACGGGGGACUAAACCCAGGAGGGGUGAGGGCCUCAGGCUCUGUGGUUUGUACAGGGCAUGGGCAACGCCCCAGAGACAGGCCGUGGGGAGGGUCCCGCCCCACUGGCGCCGGCUCCAGCUGCCUCAUGUCAGGGCAGGCUGUGCAAAGCAGGCCCCACCGCUUCUGCUGCCAGCAGCCCUCCCGCCCCUCGCAGCGGUUUAGGAGACAGAUGGACAGGGCUCGUAAACCCCACCACCGACCACCCGGCAGCCCUUCCAUGUUGCCGUCCUAGCUCAGACAGUUGCAUCCCCUGCCUGGGCGGCAGCCCUCAAAAAGGAGCAGGCUGCUACCCGGGGUGAACACCCUCCGGAAACGUGUCGGGAGAUGCGGGUGGCGGCUUGUGAGGGCUGUGGGAUUUGAGGCCCCUCACGGGCUGUCCUGAGGUCUCACUCCUGUCCCUUGCCCGGUGGGGAACUGAUCAGAGAAGAGCUGGGUGCACACGGAUGGGGUUUGGGAGAGGCCUGCAAACCCCGAGCUCCGCAGGGUCCCACUCAGAACCUGUGAAAGGCAGGGAGCUCCCCUCCAAGCCAGGGCCUCGGCCCCAAAGCCCUGUGAAUUCCAGUUCUGAGGGGUGGCCAAGGCCAAGGGGCCUGGACUGGUGGGUUCAGCGGAACAGUCCACAGGCCGCAUCCUUCUCUCUGGACAGGGGACAUGGAUGCCUGACCCCAGAGGGCCCCGUCCUGCCCUCCCCUACCCGGCCCCACCAGGGCCUCAGCCCCACAUUCCACGCAGGCCUGCAGCUUUAAGCCGCCUGCUGGGGGCUGCCCUGCAAACUGCUCGUUCCACAUUCUAGGGGUGGUGGGGUGGGUGGGGUGCGGGCACGCCCUCCCGGGGAGGCCUAUAAGGGCGCGGGGGGGACGGGGCCCAGGAGGGGAGCGGGGCCUCACCAGCCACGUCCUCAUGGCCCUGCUGCUCUUGCUGCUCCUGGGCCUGCUGGGGCUCUGGGGGCUGCUCCGUGCCUACGCCCGAGACACCUCCCCAGCCCACCGGUGGCCCCCAGGGCCUCGCCCGCUGCCGCUCAUCGGGAACCUGCACUUGCUGCGUCUGUCACAACAGGACCGGUCCCUGAUGGAGCUCUCAGAACGCUACGGGCCGGUAUUCACCGUGCACCUGGGAUGCCAGAAGACGGUAGUGCUGACAGGGUUCGAGGUGGUCAAAGAGGCGCUGGCAGGCCCUGGGCAGGAGCUGGCCGACCGGCCUCCCAUCGCCAUCUUCCAGCUCAUCCAGCGAGGUGGAGGCAUCUUCUUCUCGUCCGGGGCGCGCUGGAGAGCUGCCCGCCAGUUCACGGUGCGCGCCCUGCACAGCCUGGGCGUGGGCCGGGAGCCGGUGGCUGACAAGAUUCUGCAGGAACUGAAAUGCCUUUCGGGGCAGCUGGAUGGCUAUGGAGGUGAGCAGGGGGCCGGGGACGCCCCUCCCCAGGCCUCGACGUGCCUGAGGCCUGUCUCCCUUGCAGGCCAGCCCUUCCCACUGGCCCUACUGGGCUGGGCUCCCUCCAACAUCACCUUCACGCUCCUCUUCGGCCGCCGGUUCGACUACCGGGACCCCGUGUUCGUGUCCCUGCUGGUUCUCAUCGAUGAGGUCAUGGUCCUCUUGGGGUCCCCUGGCCUGCAGCUGUUCAACGUCUACCCCUGGCUUGGGGCCCUGCUCCAACUGCACCGGCCCGUCCUGCGAAAGAUUGAGGAGGUCCGCACCAUUCUGAGGACCCUCCUGGAGGCACGGCGGCCCCACAUGCACCCAGGGGACCCUGUGUGCAGCUAUGUGGAUGCCCUGAUCCAGCAAGGACAGGGGGAUGACCCCGAGGGCCUGUUUGGUGAGGACAACGCAGUGGCCUGCACCCUGGACAUGGUCAUGGCCGGGACGGAGACGACCUCGGCCACACUGCAGUGGGCUGCGCUUCUGAUGGGCCGGUACCCGGACGUGCAGGGCCGUGUGCAGGAGGAGCUGGACCGCGUGCUGGGCCGUGGGCGGCCUCCCCGGCCGGAGGACCAGCAGGUGCUGCCCUACACCAGCGCCGUGCUCCACGAAGUGCAGCGGUUCAUCACGCUCCUGCCGCACGUGCCCCGCUGCACCGCCACUGACACACAGCUGGGCGGCUUCCUGCUCCCCAAGGGCACGCCCGUGAUUCCUCUGCUGACCUCGGUGCUGCUGGAUGAGACACAGUGGCAGACCCCAGACCAGUUCAACCCGGGCCAUUUCCUGGAUGCGGACGGGCACUUCGUGAAGCGGGAGGCCUUCCUGCCUUUCUCUGCAGGCCGCCGUAUCUGUGUCGGGGAGCGCCUGGCCAGGACCGAGCUUUUCCUGCUGUUUGCUGGCCUCCUGCAGAAGUACUGCCUGCUGCCCCCGCCUGGCAUCAGCCCGGCCUCCCUGGACACCACGCCUGCCCGGGCUUUCACCAUGCGGCCGCGGGCCCAGGCCCUGUGCGCGGUGCCCAGGCCCUAAGGGCUCCCCCAGUCCCUGGGUCCUCCUGCCCACUCCCCUCCUAGCCCCCAGCUCGGACUGCUCUGGGAGAGCCCUGAGAACUCCCACCCCCACCCCCACAGGGUCAGCAGCUGCUUCCGGUUACACCCAGGCCUCCCCCUGCCCGACCCUGUGGGACCCCCACCCCUCUGGUGCCAUCCGCAGCUCAGUCCCUGCCAGCCCCCACGAGCGCCUCCAGGGCCCUGCCCACUCUUCCACCCCUGAAGCUGUACUCCCACCCACUGAGCUCCCCCGAGGGCCCACCCAGCUGGGGCUGCCGAGAGACAGCAGGUGGCUGCAUCCAGCCAGAGACAGGCGCAGACAGGUGUCCUCAGCGUGUGAGCCCUGCACCCGCCAGGCCCUGGGACUCCUGCAGACCCCGCUCCGUUCCUGCUCCUGGAACAGUUCCUGCGGCUGUACCUGGAGGCAGUCGGCCUGCAGUGCCAGACUGUGAGCCAAGCCACCGGGGCUGCCCUUGGUCCUCCAUGCGCAUGACAGGUGCAGGGAGGCGAGGCCCACAUUCUCCUCUGGAGACAGGAACUGGAGCCGGAGGCUCCCGGGUCUGCCCCAUUUCCUGGGGACCUGAGCAGACUUAUUCCACUCCGGGCGGUUUCCCCUCUGUGAAGUGGGUGAUGGUGACUGCGGAACCCGUGGCCCGUGUGCUGGUGGUGGCGUGGUCGGUGUGUGCCAGGACACCUGGUGUCUGAGACGGCCCUGGCCCCCGUCCCAGCGCAGAGCAUGCACGUGAGCAGCAGGUGGCCCCUCACAAGAAAAGAAGAUAAGCCGUGGCAUGUUCCCACCUGCAACCCGUGGAGCGG